AUGAAAACUAUUGCUAAUUGCCAAGCUGUUUUUCCAAAGGUCACUUGGUGUGCCUUUAUUUUUCAUCUGGAAGAAAAUUUUGAACUUUCGAUUACUAGUAAAUGGUUGGUUGGAAAAUUGAAAAUUCAAGAGAAAAUCGCAGUUUAAAAUGAACUUAUUUUUGAGGAAAUCAUACAACGAGUUGGGAAUAUCGGAUUUUAAAUGUUUCAAAGGGCCGGAUGAGAUUGAGCAUUUUACAAUUGAUAGCAAAAGAAGCAGAAAAGGACUUUUUCCAGUAAACAAACCCAUUUUUGAAAUUAUAUUUAAAAUUUUCAAAUUCCAGUCCAAUUUCAAAAUCGUUGUUGGAAUUCGUCAUAAUUGCACAGGUGAUGGAACUAUUCGUGAAGUUAUUGCUGGAGUAAAGCAUGUAUCGGAAUAUGAAUCGUAAAAAUUCAUUUAUGUAAUUCAAAAUUCUCAGUUUUUGCAGAUUUUCCGAAAUUCGAACAAAAUUCGAUAUUUACCACACUGGAUAG